CUCAUCCACUGAUAUCACUCUCAGCCAAUGAGCAGAAGAUGCCUAAUCACUGUCAAAUAACCGUCUUUGCCAUUGGCUUGGUGGUGGAACAGGACCCUAGGGAGCCACUCAAGCAUCGCUCCGGGGACGGUCCCGUGCUCCUGCUGUAGUAAUCAAGUCGAACGGAGCGCAGCGCGGCGCGGCCGUGUACCUGCUACUUUCCUUCCACUAUGCGCGUCUCGUCUCGGUGGAGCAAACGCACCAAUCUUAAACGCCCGAUAUCUGCGGUGCGGAACUGUUCCUCUCUCUCUGCACUUGGCUACAGUUUUACAGUUCAAAAAGGCGUUCGACUCUCGUAUAUCUUGGUGGAUGAAUGUAUGAUUCUGCCGCACAGUUUGUACUCAGCACAGUAACGUUUAAUGUAAUAUCUAGUUCCUUCAUGGCGUCUCAACAGCAGUCAAGAAUUCAGUCUUACCUGGAGAAAAAUAAAAUUGGACCGUUGUUUGAGGAGAUGAUGGCCAGUCUGAUCAGCCAGACCCCAGACCACCCUGUCCCCUUUCUCAUCAGUCACCUGCAGACCAAGCCAGGCAGCCCCGGCAAGCUACACAGAACACUGCCGGGCUCCGCCGCUCUGUGGGCCCAGAGCGAUGCAGAGAGUAAAGGAGGUCCUGACUUCAGGAGUUACCAGAAGCCCUGGCAGAUCCACCCGAACAAACCCAAGAAAUCCAAGAGUGACCUGGCAGUGUCUAACAUCUCCCUUCCUUCAGCAGAAUCUAAGUCCUUACCGCGAUCUAUUGAGCAGCCGUGGUGGGAAUGGAGGGAGAGCGGCAACUUCAACCUCAUCCUGCAGGAAAGCAAGACGCUGGGCAAGGCUCUGGAGAACCUGUCCCGUAGUAUCGCUGUUUCUGAUGAACUUGAUCAGGACCUGGGGGGGUAUAACUCAGUGCUGCAGCCCAGGGUGGUGGGAGAGUGGGUGGGCAGGGAGGAGGAAGACCCCGACCCACUGGCAGCAGAGAUGCUCCAACCCCCAGUCCCCAGGACCAAGACUGAGGCUUGGGGGAGCGCUGAUAGCAGCCCUGCCGGAAGUGGGAAGAGUAAAGGGUUGAAGCAGCAGCAGCAGCACCACAAGAGGCUCCUGGCGGCCAUGUUGUCCCAAGAAUCCUUUGACUCCACCCAUAGCUCCGCCCCCUCACUCACAGAGGAGGAGAUGGAAGAUGAGGACGACGUCAUGGAGCUGCUGGAGGACCUAGAUGACCUGCGUAUGGAGGGGGUAACAGGGCUGGCUCCGUCAGGCAGUAAGUUCAGCCAGGGUCGUAGCUCCUACUGCCCAGAACCCCAGGCCAAGGUUACACUCAACAUCUGCUCUAGGUGUGCAAGGCUGCAAGGGGACAGUCUGUCGGAUGCCAGUAGACCAGCAGAGGAGCACCAUGGUUCUCCCCAGCAUGUCCCCACUCAAGGACCCCCUUAUCCCCUUCGCCUCUUCCCAGAACACACUGCUGUGAACAUGCCAGAUGGACAUGGACUUCCCCAUCGCCUACAAGCUGUGCCCGUCUCCUGUCCCGGGAUGGACACAGCCCUGGUUCGAGAUCAGGAAUGUGAAUCUGGGUCCCAGAUGUUUGUCCAACGCCGUCAGGCAGUCUGGGAGGCUGAUGUUAAGGUGGUUAGAGGAGGAGGAGGCUCUUCCAGGGAGCUCCUGGGACAGACGGGAGGACUGUUACUAAGUGACUCCCUCUUCUCCAAAGAACUGGAGGACAUGGGCAAACACCUCGCUGAGGUGGAGAAGGACCUGGCCAAGCUGGCAGAGCAGGGGAAACUAGCCCAGCGGACUCCCAACAGCCCCCACAGCUCUCUUCUACUCACCCCCUUGUUCCACCCCUCUCUCCCGGCCUCACUCCCCAGUACUCCCUUACCCGGCCAGACUUCACGACCUCAGUCUCCCAUCCUCACCCGCUCAGCCAAGCCCAGCUCUAUAGGUUAUCCCCUGGUCAGUCCUAAACUCAGCCCCCUGCUCACCCGCAAGCCCACCUCCCUCACCAUGACCGGCAGCCACCGGACUCAUUCCCCCAGCAACCCCGGCAGCAGAAUUACGACCCCCAGAACCCCAAGCAGCAGACCGAUGACCCCCAACAGCCUGCUGACCUCCAAGUCGGCCAUGACCCCAGGGGUCGGUGUUCACGGAGGUCACAGGGGUCAUAAGGAGGUGACCUUCAGGAAGUCACGGAGCAGGCCGGUGACCCCCACCAGUCAGCCAACCCGACCCAGGCCCCUGCUCACGCCUCCUGGGCUGAGUACAACAGAUAGUCUGGGCAAGGCCUCCAGCCUCAAGGCCUAUCUGUCAGAGGAUGAGUUCUACAAGCAGCUACAGGCUAUCAGACAGCCGUGGCACAUUCCCAUUGACACAGAGAGUGACAUCCUGGAACCACUUGAGCAGGACAAGAGUGGGGUACGGGAUGCCAAUAAAAGAUCAGUGUUCUCAGGUAAAAAUGUAAAUGCAUUUUUCAAGUGUACCUGCCUGACCCAAUCAACCAGUCAUAAUCAACCAGCAUCUCACUCAUCUCCUUGUACCUUGUACCUCAUACCUUGUACCUUGUACCUCAUACCUUGUACCUUGUACCUCAUACCUUUUGAAAACUGUAACACAAUCACACUUUAUUCACAAAGCAGAACAUAUCUUUCUGCUCAGAAUCACACCAACAUGGUCUACCUUAUACAUUACCAGGUAGUAGUCCUGGAUAUGAUAUAUUGCAAAGAUUAUAUUGCAUGGAUUAUAUUUUUGUCAGGGCGUAUGGAAGUUUGUCUGGGCGAAUGGAAGUUUGUCUGGGCGUGUGGAAGUUUGUCUGGGCGUGUGGAAGUUUGUCUGGGCGUGUGGAAGUUUGUCUGGGCGUGUGGAAGUUUGUCUGGGCGUGUGGAAGUUUGUCUGGGCGUGUGGAAGUUUGUCUGGGCGUGUGGAAUUUUGUCUGGGCGUAUGGAAGUUUGUCUGGGCGUGUGGAAGUUUGUCUGGGCGUGUGGAAGUUUGUCUGGGCGUGUGGAAGUUUGUCUGGGCGUGUGGAAGUUUGUCUGGGCGUGUGAAGUUUGUCUGGGCGUGUGGAAGUUUGUCUGGGCGUGUGGAAGUUUGUCUGGGCGUGUGGAAGUUUGUCUGGGCGUGGGAAGUUUGUCUGGGCGUGUGGAAACUGUAGCUGUCUGA